AUGAUGAACGACCUGACCUCCGAGCUGGUCAGAAGGAAAAGAGCGGCUUGGGAAGCAUUCAAGAGCAUCAAGGAUGUAGUGAAGAGAACCAAGAACAUCCGGUUCCGUGCUCACCUAUUCACCACCACCCCGUUCCUUCUGCUUCCUUACGCUUCAGAAAUGUGGGAGUUUUGCAAGCAGGAGGAGAACGCGAUCAGCGUUAUAGAACGCGAAAUUAAAAGGGUUUUGUUGCUGAUGCUAGGAGUAACCCGCUUCACGCAAGUGAAAGAAGUCCACCCCUACGUCACGGAUCAAAGAUGA